CAGAAAAUGCAUAUUUUCUGCCGCCUUUCCUGCUUCCAGCCCCUCCCCUCCCGCACCGCUGCACAGGCGCCAAGGCGUCCGUCCACCCCUUCGGUUAUCGGCACGUUGCGCUCUCCUCCUGCCGCUGCUUUCUCUCCCGUGCGUGUGGGCUUGCUUUUACAAAACGUACGGCCAUGGCACCUGUGGCUGUGUCUUCGUGUGUGCGUGUGUGCGUGCGUGUAGGUGGGCGGUUUUUCGAUCGUCUCGGCUGGAGCUUCCUGCCUUGGGACGAGCGCCACUGACGUGCACCACGUCGCACCCAGCCCUCUGAAGCGCGGCGAGUGGAUCAAGUACGAGUAGGAGAGAGGGGGCUGGAGAGAGCUGCAUGUCGUGCAGCGUGCAAGUGACGAUGUGCACUGUGCAGAAACACCUUGCGUCAUCGAGGUGCCGCAGGACGAUCGACCUCGCAAGGCGGAUGGAGAAGCUGGGCAAGGCGGCGGAGUACGAGCGCAUCUACAAGGAGGAGCUCCUCAAGGCCAAGUGGCCCGACACGCUCCUCCUGUGCGCCAAGGGGAUCGACAGCCUGGCUGCCUGCCAUGCCAAGGCCGACGAGAUCCUCGGCGCACUGCGCGAGCUCCACGUGCAGUCGUCCUUGGUCGACCUGGUGGAGGGUGGCGGAAGGAGGGAGCCGCGGAGGUGGAAACGCUGGUGAAUAUGGUGAACGAGAGAAACAUCAGCCUGCUCAAGGCCGCCACAGCCACCAUCUUCGUG